CCUUAUCGCAAUUAAUUCUUUACUAAUGCAGAACUCAUCCUUGAAUAACCUGUUCCAGUGUGAGAUAUAGAUCGAUCGAGCUGGUAUCAAAUUUCCCAUUAGCUCAGCAAUCUUAACCUGUAGGUGAUCAUGGUCGUGAUCGCGUCUUUAGUAUAUUUUCUUCACUUCCCCAAGAAGUUGUUGAUAGUCAUCCUCACCGCCGGGGUAUAGUAUCUUUUCUUGAUCGCAAAUCGCGCAGACGCUCGCCCCCAGCCCAGUAGGUAAUCUUAAGAAAAAAAAUCCCCUGAUAAAUUCUGCUUAUCGGUUUCCGGUCGAUUGGAAUUCGCGAAAAGUGUGUGAUAUGAUAGUGUAAAUAUAGGAAAGUGCGUUUGCCAUGCCGAUUAUGACGGUAGCUGGAGCGUUAUCUAUUCUACAGGGGAAGAGAGUGUAACGACUCUGUUGCGUUAUAGUGAUACCAUGGAUUCGCACUGGAUACCGCGACGCUUCAUGGAUAUUAGUUUGGUGCGGGUGGAUCGCGGCUGUUUGUAAAUGCAUUAACGACUUCGCCUCAUUUCCCCGAAAGCAUUAGAAUUCAUGAACACACUCAUAGAAAUCGUGGGUAUCCAAUAGUAAAGAUCGCGGUCUCUUCUUCAAAAAGGUUUGUGAAUUUUAAUUACGCUUUUGUUUAAUAUGCAAAUAGCAUGCCUCGCGCCUCCAUAAUCAACACUUCGUAGGAAAGUAAAGGUGACGGAGUUCAAAUGAUCGAAACGGUGCGAUCCCAUCCAAACAAAACAGACGUUGGGGAAACAUGGCUGGGCCUCUUGAAUUGCGGCAUGGUCCACUCUGCUCUGCUUCCAAAUAAGAAGUGAAGUCAGACGGAGGAGCCCCAAGACCCCCAGAGAUGGAGCCAGCAAGCUCGAAGGUAAAUUACCCCGCGGCAGUGUUACUGAAAUGAGAGAGAAGUUUCACUUUGGCCGGGGCAAACGUAGCCUUAACUUCAGCGAUUGAGAUUGAUCGCGAUCGCAUGCCGCGGUAUCUGUACCUGCCAGUCGUAAAUAUUAUUCGCGUUUUGUGUUUCACCUGGUCCGAAACCAACAUAACCAGUUUUUCGCCAUAGGUACACUUUAUGUUGCCUUAAGUACCCAAAGAACAACGAGUCCAUGAGUGAUUUCCCCACGAUCGCGAACGAGUACUGCAUUCAGUGGUGAUCGCGUUUAUGUCGAUUCUAGAUCCGCGAAAAGUGCAUAGCCAAAUUUAUGGUGAAUACUGAAGAAGUACACGAAGAACGGCCUUCCUUUUAAUUUUCCACUAGAGUUUUACGAUCAGUUCCCUGUGUCGGUAGGGUUCGAGCGAUACCAACAUUGUGCAGAGUGCAAAAGUGAAAUCAGAGCUGAAAGAAGUGAAUAUAAUCGCCCAGCAUACUAGCAAAAAGCUAAUAGCAAUAAAUCUCCGGGCUUUGUUGUGGAUUUAUACCUUCGCAGGUAUCACAGCUAUUACCCUCGCAGCAGAUUGGAACGACACGAUACGAACUGGCCACCUGUACGAUUGUGCAAUUGUCUUGCAGGCCACAACAAAUCGUCUGGCGCAUACCGAGCUACGUGUGCGAUCACUGCAAUAAUCUGACGUCGUAUAAUGCACAGGUGCCAAAAUUACAGGUGUCAAGGUCAAGGAACAAAUACUCUGUCUAGCUGCCUACUUUCACCUUCACAACUGCUUCGCGAUAAACCUCUCAAUUCUCUUGGUCCUUUGAAAUCUCAAUGUUCUCUGUCUGAAAUUACUUUACCCGACUUGACACGAUCAUAUCAUCAGCAAUCGUUCGAUCCAAAUUCAUAUCCCUGUUCGCCCGAUCUACGAGGAGAGACCAAUGCUGCGUUUGUUUCGACACCGCCAUCACCAUCACCAUCGGAAUCGUUAAAAUUUAGAUUUUCGCCAACUCGAAAAUCUGGACUAUCAGAAAUGGAAUUUUUGGUUCCCCAUCCUCCAUCACGACAAGGCCGCCAUAUUACGAAGCCGCGUAUAUUAUUAUCCGCGAAUAGCAACAACAACGUUUUCAGUCAUAGUGACCAUAUCGAUCAGAUUACCAACAACAAUAACAACAACAAAAUGACUAAGAAACAAUUAAAGCUGGCCCAAGCCCAGCUCGACAAACUCACCCAAAUUAACAUUCAUUUGCAUGCUCUCUUUUCGGCUGUGGAACACGGACAUUUGGAUAAAGCUCGGACUAUCUUAGAAUCGACAGAUGUAGAUGUAAAUAGUUUAAAUAGCGAUGGUCUAUCUCCCCUCGACGUUGCCGUUCUUAGCAAUAACCGCUCCAUGACGAAAAUGCUUCUGCAACAUGGUGCCACCGAAGGAAGUCAGUUCAAAUCAGCCGACUCCCUUGGUAAUCAUCUAAAUGGUCUUCUGCAUGAUGCCGAGAACCGGAUCCACGACUUAAGUACUGCAGAUGAAAUGUCUCAACCACCAUUUAGUACAAGAGCUUCGUUUUCUAGUAUAAUUGGUAACAGUGGGCCAUCAGUAACAGGCUGUGCAGGAACAGAAGCCGAUAAGCAAAUCGGUUUAUGGGAACGACGUGUGAAAGGGUUGCGGAGGAUGCUUCUAGGCUGGGAUCAAGCCCGGCCACCAGAUGAACCAAGCGCCGUAACGGUCGAUGUGUCCGGACAGAACUCAGUAUCAAUAAGCAUCCUAGAGCCACUUGAAGGCCCAAUUGGCACCAAAUUCAAAGUUCAAUGGUCAUCAAAAGCUGAUUUUAGUAAUAUAAUGGGCGAACGUGAAAUAACGCAGUGGACAAGUUACCAAGGUGUUAUGGGUGCCACUUGCCGCAUCAGCGACUUGACACAAGGACGUCGAUACUUUUUUCGAGCUUGCUGCGGAAACGUGAAGGGUUGGGGUCCAUAUCACACGACUGUGCCAGCAAGUGUCGUGCCAUCCAGCUGGCGAGACAUGGACAACAGAGAGCCCCGGUUUGCUGGUCGCCAAAGGAUCCUCGAUGACCUAUUUACAGCGGUACGGUUAUCCCGACCCGAAGACGCUUCAGAAUUAUUAUUGGAGACACCGGCCCAACAACGGCGGAAUCCAAAGAAGAAAACAACCAUUAAACAACUAUUUUCUGCUACAUCAAAGUUUCAAAAGAACUUGAGGAGAGGAAUCCAUCUCGCCUGCAUACUAUAUUAUGAAGAUAAAAUUCUUGUAACGAAUGAAGACUUUAUACCCGUAAUUGAAAUCGAUGAAACAUAUCCUAGUUCGCUUCACAACGAUUAUCAUUGGUUCAUGAAGGUCGCCUGUACAUGGGAGGACGCAAAAUCUCUACGAACCGAUAUGGAACGAAAUGCAACGUCAGCUGCACAUUUUCGCACCAAACUUCUAUCUGCAGCAUGUCAGAUGCAAUCUGCCCUCUGCACGACUGAUCUAGGUCAAUUGUAUCACAAACCAAUACGAGAUACCCACGGAACCGUAGUCCUAUCAUGUGUGAAUUGUGUGAAAACUCCUAAAUCAAUAUCCGUUCUAAAUUCCCGUUGGGUACCUCUGAAUAAAGUCCAGAAGAAAGUCAUGGCGUUGCACGAGGAUAACAAUAUCAACGAAAUAUUAAUAAGUUCAAUAAGCGACCAAAUCAGCUAUCACCAAGCAUCGACAGUCAGGCUAUCACGUGGUCUCUAUAUGGGAUAUUUGAAACUACAGAGUUCUGUUGAUCAGAUUCAGGUUGUUGUACCCAGCAAAACUCCAAACGUACUGCCACACUGUAAGAUCCGAGAGAAUCCGCACGUUUCUGUGGAGGAAUGGGAAAUCCUGAAGCGGGAGCGAAGCACGCAAGCAAUAGAGUUUCGACCAAAAUCCGAAGGCUACACCGAAGUACAGCAGUUAUUUUUAGAAGCACUAACAACAGCCGCCCACCGACUUUUUAAUUACAUGAACGUGAGUCCUGAUGAGUCGCUUGCUCAGCGGCUCUAUGAUGUCGAGGUUAUAGAGUUGAGCGCAGAUGUUAGCUUCCUAAUUAUUUGUCCACCAGUCGAAUCAUCGUGUGCAGUUCCUGGACAAAGAGAGAUCCUCCUCCAACGAGGUGACCUACUCAGCUUACCGGUCCAAGCUUUCGAGAUGGUCCAUUUACGCACUUACCAAAAUAGUAUUAUUCAAAAAUAUUCACGGUUGUCCUGCAUACUGGAAUUGGAUACAGCUUUAGCUAACCACUCGCACCGUGAGGCUUUCUCCUCUGUCGAACUCCAAACUGCUAAGGAGCGUCUCGCCAAAUUGCAAGAACUGACGAUUAGCUUGAAUAUUGUUUGGAAGGGUGUUAGAUGGUUGAUGGAUGUAAUUGCGUUCGCUAGGGAUCGAGGUUCUACACCGGCAAUAACCAUGAAAGAGAUACUUGAAUUGAACUGUUUGCGUCCAACUCAACCAGCUGAAGACGAAGAUCGAAACUGCAAGUCAAGUAGACAACUUCAACCACAGCAGUUGCAGCUUCCUCAAAGGGACAAUAAGUUAAUGAAAAGUAGUCCUGGUCGGGGUUCGUGGCCUGGCCCGGCAGCCAGCAAUAAUAUGGAAGGUAGCAUGUUUCUGGGUGCGGAAUAUUCAAAAUCAGAACAAAACCUGGGUCUCUCGUUGUUGAGUCCGAGAUAUUUGAGUGCCACUUCUGAUAACGAGUGUAAUUCACGGAAGAACAGUGGCGAUUCGAAUUGUUCUCAAUCGGGAACAAGUUACUUUUCAGCCGGAGAAUCGAACGAUCAUAUAUUGCCACCUAGACUGCCACCUUCCCGAUCAGAAGACACUUUGACGAUACCGAAGAAACACCCAACAGCCAUGCAUCAUCGAAGGCGUGCCACCACCGCCAACAAUGCCAGCAUCGCAGCUGCAUUAAGUCCACUUUUGGCAGCAAAGUCUAACUACCAAAUGCCUACUGAAUCUGUUCAAAGUCUUUCAAGUGAUUCGGAAAGUGCUAGUUAUCCUUUAAUGACUUCCACUCCAGCGAAAACCAAAGCAAGUGCAAAGGAAAGUGAAGAAUAUUAUGCUGACAGCAACUGUAAUCCUGGGAAAUAUCUCAAGCCAACGUUAACCGCUCUGCAAAGUGAAAUGAUAAAGGAGCCUCUACAUAUUACCGAGCCUAUUUCCUCCUCGUCUCAAAAGACAAGUGAUAGAACCUACCAACGCCCUAAAGUACGGCAAUCUAGUGACGAGGAAGAUAUCGCGGCUGGGUUAGGAAGCAGCGCCAUGUCAGCGUCAUCCUCUACGUCCAGCAACACACAAGCAGGGAUCAUCCAAGUUUACGCAGCUUAUGAAACGGGUUUGGCUAGUGGAACUAGUCUGAAACUUCACGUUACACCCAAGACCACAGCUCGUGAGGUUGUGGAUCUGGUAGUGAAACAACUGAACAUGGCUGUUGUUCUUAAAGGAAAAGAUGGACCAAUCUAUACACCCGAUAAAUUAGAAAAUUUCUGUUUGGUCGCAGUAAUAGGAGCUCGCGAGCGAUGUUUAAGGGAUGAUUUCAAACCGCUGCAGCUGCAGAAUCCUUGGAAAAAGGGCAAACUGUACGUCCGACAAAAGCACGAUCUUCUAGCGGCAAUAGAACAUUCCAACCGUGACGCUCAAUUAAUUUAAGUAGGACGAAAUUAGCGAAUAUUUAAGCGAAUCCAUAUUGUGAUCAUUCACUCACGUUGAUGAGAUGCACUCACAGUGUGAAUUUAUAAUUGAUGAUUAUCGCUAUCGAAAUUAAAUUGAAAUAUUCAGGACUGAAUGCAUCUUCCGUGCUCGAACCUGUCUUUAAUUUAUGAAUUGCUAUAUUUUGAUAUGUUCAGUCCCAUUAUUCUCCCUCUAGCUUGUCCCUGAACUUGUUAACACAGUUUCGGUGAUGGAAUAGAGUUUUCUUUCCAUUGGCAUGUUUUUGAGUUGAAAAUAGAAUCUUUUAGAUCAUAAUCGAAUUAACAACAGAAACCAGUCAAUUAGGAAUGUUCUUGCUUUAAUGGUGCCAGAUGCUUCAUCACUUUGUCCUCGAAAGAUAGAAAGAGAAUUUCAUCCUUUAUUGCUUUAAAAUGAGUUCAUUGCACGAAAUCUGAUGUAUGGCAUCAUUUAUGUCUGCAUGUGUAAAGUAUCUUAACGCUGCACUAUCAUCUACGAAUACCAAUCUAUAUUUCAUCUAAUCUAUGAAAACUACUAUGCGAGUCUGUCACCCAGUAAGAACCUAAGCAACCCCGUUUCAAUUAGUUAGGACUAACGCGUAAACCUGCUGAUAAGCGAAUUGUUUUAAGUUCUAUGAACUCGAUGUUAUCUUAGCAAAAAGAUCUAAAGAGAAAAAGAUAUAUCGUUCCAACUUUGUUUAGAAACUUAGAAACGAAGCAAGCAAAACGAAUACAACCAAAUUAGUUUUAGUCAGAAGAACAGAAUAUUUAAUUGUACACUCAAUGAUAACAGAAAUAUGUAUGUUGCCUAUAUACAGCCAAGCGCCACCCUUCGCAUUUUUCCGCAAAAGAACUGUGUGUAUGUGUGUUCGUAAAGGAUUCCAGAAACAGAAAGUCUUAUGAUCAAAUACCUAAAACUACCACGCAUAAUGAAUUUUACUAGGCAAAGAGAGACAUUUUGUAGCUUUCCGUUUGUCGAGAAAACCGACUUUUCCUUUGUAUACUUUGUAGAUGGAUUUUCAUAAUGUUAUCUUAUAGUUUUGUAGAAACAAAAGCAGUAUUUAAACGUGCAUCUUAUCCUCCAUAUUGUUGAUAAGUGCAUUUAGGUUUUUCUAGGAAAGAGAAGGAUUUAAUAUAAGUAUAUCAAUUUCCCAAGAAUAUGAGCUUUAACAGGACAGAGGGAUUUUGUCUUAAGUGAAACGACAGUGAAAAAACUCCAACCGAAAUCGUUAAUGUCGCAGAUUUUCAAGAAAAACUCUCUUAAUCGAAUUUCGAGCAAGCAGAAAAUAUUAUAUACAAAAUAUGGCAAUAAUUCUGUAUAGAAUUCAAUUAUGUACAUUGUUACUGAUAAUUUUAUUAUUAUUGUUAUAAAUAAUAUGAAAUAUUUGGUUAGUCUUGAUAUAAUCAAUUUUUCUUCUCUGGCAAAGGGAAAUAUAUCAGAAAAGACAAGAAAAUUAAAAAUUGAAAAAAAACUAAAAUGAAUGUUACAAAAGAGAAAGUAAAAGACGACAAAUUAGAUAAAACAUGUUAUAGCAUUUGAGUGUGGGUGUGCAACAGAUCAAAUGAUAAAAAUAUACAAAAAAAACUAAUUAACUAAAGAAUAGAAAAAUUGCUGUGGUAUGAAAAACACAAAUAUAUAAAUAUGUGAGAAAUUAUGUGAAUAAAAUUUUAAUUUAAUGUAA